AAGACACUCAUAGGAAACCUGAUGGGUCGUUUGUUGAUGGACUGUCUGAGAAGGUGUUCAAUGAAGUGUCGUCAAAGAUAGCUGAAGCUGAGUCUGAGCUAAUAUCAGCGGAUAACAUGGAGAGUAGUGCUUCUGGUGGGUUAUCACUAAUUGUGAAGAACCAAAUUUAUACCGAGGUUGCUCCGAAGAAAAAGAACCGGAUAUAUGGUGUUGGUAACAUGCAAGCAGAAGCAUCUUCAGCUCAGAUUGUUCAACCGCCUCCUCCUUCUGAAGAUCCACUUGUUCUAGCUGCGAAGCUUGCUGCUGCCGAAGCUGUUCUUGCAACUCAGGCAACUCAACUACAGGCCAAUGCACAGACGAUGCAAGAAAAUGCAGUGAGGAUGCAAGAAAAUGAGCUGAGGAUGCAACAAAAUGAUCUGAAGAUGCAAGAAAAUUCAGAGAAGAUGCAUAGUUAUGAUGCAUACUUUGAUUAUCUUGCAUCUAAAGAUCCAGAGUUUGCUGCUAGAUUUCGCCGAGAGGAUUCACCGGCCAGACAUGCCACCGGAGAUGGAACCACCGGACAGUAAACACUGAUGAACUUGUUUUGUAAAACUUAGUGUAACACUGAUGAACUCUCAUCUAUUUUUUGUGUAGAAC